AUGGCCGAGCAGGUCCACGUACGCGCCGCCGUCCUAGCUUGCGCAACCUUUACCGACAAGUUUGUGCAGCAAUUCGGGGACUACGGGGUCAUCACCUCGAGAUUCCUGAUGGAUCAUACUCCUCCAGGUCUAACGUGUGACCUCGACGUGUUCAACGUGAACUUGAAGGAGUAUCCUGUCAGCAUCCAAGAUUACGAUGGGCUGAUCAUUACGGGGUCUCCUUAUAGCGUAUACGAUCAGGAAGAGUGGAUCAAAGUCCUUAUUGACUUCCUUAAGGGUGUGAGGCAGCGGCACCCCAGGGUGAAGAUGAUAGGGAUUUGCUUCGGGCAUCAGGCGAUAGCCACCGCAUUCGGGCAUUCAGUUGCGCUAGGCGAGUGGGAACUUUACCCAGUUCCUGUAAAAGUCAACGGCCUGGGCCGGCGAAUAUUUGGCGACAAGAGUAUCCUGACAUUUCCUCAACUACACCGUGACCAAGUCUGGCCCGCGCUGCCCGAAUCCACAGCGACUCUCGAACGUUACCCUUAUUGUCCAUUCCAAGUAUGGGGUAGUUCCGAGCUCGCUGCCAAUCAAGGCAUGAUUCUCGUAGAUGACACUCGUUAUCGCGAGUCAGACGCGGGACGCGUUCUUCACAGUAAAAUUGACAUCUUCACGAUACAAGGGCAUCCCGAGUUCACCAGACCAAUGGCUUUCGAGCUGAUAGCGUUCCUGGAGGGGUUUGGGUAUCUUGAUGCAGACCUGGCGAAGACGAUGAGGAGUAAACAAACUGACGACAAUGAUAGCGGUAUAGUGGCAAAGGUCAUAUGGAACGUGCUGCUGGGAAGCCGGAUGAUCCCUCGGUAA